CGCGUUUCGACUCGGUCCGGAGUCUGUCCGCCAUCUCUGUCGGCAGCCCCAUUGUUCGCUCCGAAGCUAACGGCGGUGUCAAACCACUUGACGUUUCGUGUUAAAUUAACUUGACCGUGUCACCGACAGCUGCCUGCGACAGUCGUGGAUUUGCUCACAAGGUCGCGACUUGUUUUCGGCCAUCAAGUGAGACAGGAUGGACGACGAGCAGCCUAAAACCCUGUACGUGGGGAAUCUAUCCCGGGACGUGACAGAGGCCCUCAUCUUGGAGUUGUUUAGCCAGAUCGGACCAUGUAAAAGCUGUAAAAUGAUAGUAGAUACAGCAGGUCAUGAUCCGUACUGCUUUGUGGAGUUCUAUGAGCAUAGACAUGCCACUGCCACAAUUGCAGCCAUGAAUGGUCGGAAAAUACUGGGUAAGGAGGUGAAGGUUAACUGGGCCACAACGCCAACGAGCCAAAAGAAAGACACGAGCAGUCACUUCCAUGUUUUUGUUGGAGAUUUAAGUCCUGAAAUCACCACAGAUGACAUAAAAGCAGCGUUUGCUCCAUUUGGAAAAAUAUCGGAUUGUCGAGUGGUGAAAGACAUGGCCACAGGUAAAUCUAAAGGCUAUGGCUUUGUCUCCUUUUUCAACAAAUGGGAUGCAGAGAAUGCAAUUCAACAAAUGGGAGGACAGUGGCUGGGAGGAAGGCAGAUCAGAACCAACUGGGCCACCAGGAAGCCUGCUCCUAAAACUACUAAUGAACCAACCAAUACUAAGCAGCUGUCUUUCGAUGAGGUGUUGAAUCAGUCCAGCCCCAGUAACUGUACAGUUUACUGCGGAGGCGUCACAUCAGGUCUCACAGAGCAAAUUAUGAGACAAACUUUCUCACCUUUUGGACAAAUAAUGGAAAUCCGUGUUUUCCCAGAGAAAGGCUACUCAUUUGUGAGGUUUAACUCUCACGAGGCAGCAGCUCAUGCUAUAGUUUCUGUCAAUGGCACUUCCAUAGAGGGCAAUGUUGUGAAGUGUUACUGGGGCAAAGAAACCACAGACAUGGUCCAGGGCCCCAUACAGCAGGUACAAAUGGCACAGCAGAACACAUUGAGCUUUGCAGCACAGCCCUACAAUCAGUGGGGUCAGUGGUACAGCAACACACAACAGAUUGGUCAGUAUGUCCCCAAUGGAUGGCAGGUCCCAAGCUAUGGAGUCUAUGGACAGACCUGGGAUCAGCAGGGCUACAAUCAUUUACACGCUGGAGCUGGAUGGACGGGUGUGGGUGCUGUCAGCAAUGGGAGCAUGGUGGAGCCCGGGCAGGGGGUCAACGGGACGAUGCUAACCAACCAAGCAGGCAUGAGCGCGACUGGCUACCACACCCACUGAUCACAGACGGCCUGUCUUUGCGUCUGAGGCCACAUGGAUGAUACUCUGCUGGGGAAGGAGCGCAUCAGAUGUGCUCUGUCUGUCACGUCACAAAAUUACCCCGUUAGUGAAGCUGGAACAUCACGUUACCAGCCCAAAGCCUCACCCACUGCCCAAACCUGCAAGUUUAAAGCAAACUAGUCACCCUUUAACACUGUUAAAGCUACCGCUAAUGCACCUUGCAUUUUUGGGCCCAUUUUUACAGUUUGGUGUUACAGGCCAAAUAUAAAUUAUACAAUGUGUCAAGAUAAUUCUAGCACAUUAAAUUUCGUCCAAAAUGUGUUAAAAUAUGUUCAAUGAAUUAAAACAGCAGCCUUUUUGUUUGCUUGUUUUCAGCCCCUGAAAGCCAAAGAGCAAGGGCAGAAUUUUAUAUCCAUAUUUAACAAUCAUACAGGGCCGGUUGUCUGCCACAGAAAGCACUCGAUAGUCCACAGUAUUGGAUCACAGCCACAAGACGCGUAACGACAAAGGUUUUUACUGGAGCCUGUCAAUCUUUCUGUUGCUGUCCACUGGUUGCUUUAGCGACACGAGUCCAAGCGAGUUCUCAGGGUGUUGUCAAGUAAUUCUGUGAAACGUAUACACUAGCAGGUUGAGGGGAAAGUGGGUACAACCAAACAACUAGAUGCCAGUGCUCCUUCAUCUCUUGGACUGGACUGAACGAACGAAGAAUCCCAUCUGUGGAUAUGAAGUGUGUGUGUGUGUGUGUGUGAGAGUGUGCUUAUGUGUGUGCAUGAAAUGAUGCUUUUACUCACUAAGACAAUGUCCUGGCCAUCUUCCCCCUGACUCCAGAAGGACUAUGCCAUUAUUAAUUUGUUUUUGCUACAAAUAUGAUAGAAAAAUAUGUUUUCUUUCUUUUUUGAGCAAUUUAAAAAUGCUGACAUUGUAUAAAGAGCUUUUGCCUUUUGUGUUUCAUUUCAGCUCAGAAAAAAAGACUUAGAUGACACCAUCAAAUCAUGUGACGUGAGGAAGCUUAUGUUUGUUCAGACAACAUACAGUGUCUGUCAACUUUAUUUUUAAAAUUAGAAUAUCUAAAAUAAAACAAUUGCAGGGAUUACUGCCACUCUAUCUUACUUACAGGCAGACAAAUAUUGCACAAAUUAGUUGUCUUUUCACAAAAUUUGAAAUACUAGAUAUUUGUUUUUGCAUUCCACUUUAUUUGUGAUUUUGUUUUGGAAGCCUGUUUUCUGUAAAUAGCUAAAACAUUCUGUUGAAUUGUACUAAAUCUGUAUAAAGACAUGUUCAUUAAGAAACACGUGCUUGCUCCUGGUUGGGAAAGCUGAUUUCAGGCAGACGGCUGUUUGACUGUAGCCUCCCUGUUCAGUGGUGGUUCGAAGCAGACCACCGUCCUAUUCUUCCAGCCAAUCGGAGGACAAGCAGCAUUGCUAUGUAAUGCAAAAUCCUUUAGGUUGAUCAGAAAUCAUAAUUUAUUUUGAUUUACUCCAAUGUGGUGAUUGUUUUUAUAGAUUUAGACACCUACUCAUGGAGUUCAGAUUUUACAGUUUCUCUAGACAAUUCAGUGGGAAAAUCCAAUGUGUUGCCUUAUCAGGAGUUAUUUUUAAUUUAACCAAAAACCACCUGAGAGUAGGCAGUGCCUAUGAAUGUUUUCAGCCUACAGUUUGGCACAAGAAGUUCUGUUGAUGCGUGAGUACCCUGCUUUUUUUUUCUUUGUCCCAUUAAAACGCUGAUGUUUAUUACAGCCCACACUGA